GUCGAGAGCGCGCACGGGAAUGAGCGCGCACAAAAGGACUAUGGCUGAAAAGGUAUCAGACAGUGAUGUCCCAGUGUCAGACCCUCCAAAACAACCUCCCAAACGCCGCCGCAUCAUCGACGCCUCUUCCAUCCAAACAGUACCUGUUUACUCCAACAAGGUUAACAGAUCCUUGAAUCUGAAGCCUGAAAUCUUUAAACACACCAGUCUUACAGAAGAGGAAAAGGGUGGUCCUCUGUGGUCUCCUUCCCCACCCCGUAAAGAGAAACCACCAAUCAGUAUUGAUCUGAGUAGCUCAGAGGAGGAGCCAGAACAGACUGAACCUCAGGAAAUCCUUCGUUCCCCCUCUCCACCUCCUCCAUCAUGCAGCCCACCAAUGAAACGGAGCAGGCGGGCAAACCAAAAAAUGCGAGAAAUCAACAGGAAACUGGAUGCGAUCGGCUCUCUUGUGUGUAUGUCCCCUGAGCCUCAAGACCCUGUCGUCGAAUACAGAAACUCCCCUUCACCUGUCAAUGACUAUGAUGACGAUGAUGACAUCAUCAUCGUUUCAUCUAACAGCAAACACAAACGUCGUCCCUGCAAUCCUGAAGGCAGAGACUCUGCGAGAGAGAUUUCAUUAAAGUUUCGGUGCAGAACAGAGUUGUACAAAAUCCCAAUACUGUCUACGGCUCCUUUGAGAAAAGCUGUGGAACAACUGGCCAUCAAACUCAAUGUCCCUUCCAGCCAAAUUCUGUUAUUAAAGAAAGAUAUCGAUCUUCCCGUUCACUUGUCAGUCAGUGAGCUCGGCCUCGGCAUAGCUGACAUUAUAGCGGAAGCCCUGCUGAUGUCACAAGCAGAUGCAGACAUCACACCCUUAUUCGCUGAUGAUAAUGAAGGGGAGAGGCCUGUUGAAAAUGGGGUGGGGUCACCUCUGCCUGAGGACGAGAAAGAAGAGUCUCCCAGCGGAGUCACCGAUAGGAGAGCCAUAAUGACCGUGAUUGUGCUCUGCUACAUCAACCUGCUGAACUAUAUGGACAGAUUCACUGUGGCAGGUGUACUUCCAGACAUUGAGCAUUUCUUCGGCAUUAGUGAUGGAACGUCAGGGCUGCUUCAAACAGUCUUCAUCUGCAGCUACAUGUUCUUGGCUCCUCUGUUCGGAUACCUGGGUGACCGGUAUAACAGGAAGCUGAUCAUGUGUGUGGGCAUUUUCUUCUGGUCUGUGGUAACACUUGCCAGCUCAUUUAUCGGGAAGGAUCACUUCUGGGCACUGCUGUUGACACGAGGGCUAGUGGGUGUUGGAGAGGCCAGUUAUUCUACCAUUGCUCCCACCAUCAUAGCUGACCUGUUCGUCAAGGAAAAGAGGACUAACAUGCUGUCUAUCUUUUACUUUGCAAUCCCAGUGGGCAGUGGUAUGGGUUAUAUUGUGGGCUCAAAGGUGGAUACUGUGACUGGAGAUUGGCACUGGGCACUUCGGGUGACCCCUGGGCUGGGACUGCUGGCCGUGUUCCUCUUACUGCUUGUGGUUAAGGAACCGAAGCGCGGUGCGAUUGAAGCUCACCCCGAGCACACACUGCACAGAACCAGCUGGCUGGCAGACAUGAAAGCACUUUGCAGGAAUCCAAGUUUUGUUCUGUCCACGUUUGGCUUCACGGCAGUGGCCUUUGUGACAGGAUCGCUGGCCCUGUGGGCUCCUGCCUUUUUAUUCAGAGCGGGUGUCUUCACCGGAGUCAAGCAGCCAUGUUUGAAAGCACCCUGUGACGACUCUGACAGUCUGAUUUUUGGCGGCAUCACCGUAGUAACGGGCAUCUUGGGCGUAGCAAGUGGUGUUCAGGCCAGUAAACUACUGAGGACCAGAACGCCUCGAGCUGACCCGCUAGUGUGUGCGGCUGGACUCCUCCUCGCGGCUCCUUUUCUCUAUCUCUCCAUCAUGUUUGCUCAGGCGAGCACUGUGGCAACAUAUAUCUUUAUCUUCCUGGGUGAGACAUUCCUAUCAAUGAAUUGGGCCAUUGUUGCUGAUAUCCUACUGUAUGUUGUGAUCCCGACACGUCGCUCCACAGCAGAGGCCUUUCAGAUUGUCCUUUCACACUUGCUGGGUGACGCUAUUAGCCCGUAUCUCAUAGGAGUGGUUUCAGACUCAAUAAAGGAAUCAAAGUCGUACAUGUGGGAGUUUCGCUCGCUUCAGAUGUCUCUGCUGUUGUGCUCUUUCGUGGCUGUCGGUGGAGGCGCUUUCUUCCUGGCCACAGCCGUCUUUAUUGAGAAAGACCGAGAUCUCGCUGAGAACUAUGUGCCCUCUGACGACGAACCAAUUGUUGUUCCAAGGAGCGACAUAUCCACUUAAGUAUCAGUGUCGAGUGUUUUAAUUUGAGAUGACGCAAAAGAAUGGACGGCUCUUGACAUGCAGGGAACAGCACUCUGCUUGGCUGAGACAGACAGAGGCAGUGCCAUCAGCAGCCAAUCCUGGAGCAGUAUCAAACAAGUAAUCACUGACUGGACUAUCUCCUCAAUAGGAAGUUUUAUAGUAAUUUAUUAAGCUUUUUUUUUUUUUUUUUGUUUAUAU